GAGCCAGUACUAUUCGAUGGGACAUUAUUUGAGAACAUUCGAAUGGGAUAUGAGCACGCCACUAUGGAAGAGGUCCAGGAAGCUUGUCGUAUUGCAAAUGCAGCCGAUUUUAUCAAACGACUUCCGGACGGAUACGGUACUCGCGUUGGAGAGCGUGGUGUACAACUAAGCGCCAUUGCUCGUGCAAUCAUUAAAAACCCGCGUAUACUUCUGCUCGAUGAGGCCACUAGUGCCCUGGAUCGCGAGGCGGAAGUCGAUUGA